CUUGCCUUCAUCUUUGCUUGCUUUCCGUUAUUGAAGAUAUGUACAAAGACCAGAUCAAUGGAGGGAAAGAAGAUGCAUAUGAAAGCCUAAUUUAUAUCUGAAGAAAAGAGAAAGUUUUGGAUGCUUUUUCCCAUGGAAGAAAUCACUUUUGCUCAUCAGAAACGUUUGCCGAUCAAAAGGAGAUUCAUGGAGCCUCAUCACCACCACUCUUCCGCCGCGGCGGCGGCGGCGGCGGAGGUUCGGAAGCUGCACAUCGUCUACUUCCUCAGCCGGAAUGGCCGCAUCGAACACCCCCAUCUCAUCCGCGUCCACCACCUCUCCCGCCACGGCGUCCGUCUUCGAGAUGUGAAGAGAUGGAUGGGAGAGUUGAGGGGAAAAGAAUUGCCGGAGUCAUAUGCAUGGUCAUACAAGAGGAAAUACAAGACAGGAUAUGUAUGGCAAGACCUUGUGGACGAUGAUCUUCUAACACCUAUUUCCGACAAUGAAUAUGUCCUUAAAGGAUCCGAAAUUUCCUCAUCUACACCUACCAAAGAACACUGUUACCGUGAAAAAGUUGUGCCCAUGCAAAAAGAUUCACUGCUAGAAGAAGAAGAAGAAGCCAAAGGCUCAAAACCUUCAGCAAAAGAAGAAACGGAUCAAAUUCAUCAUCAAUCGCCGAGAACACCCUCGGAUGAAUCGAGAAAAACAUCCUCGGAGAUCGAAGAGGAAUCUCCCGUGUUCGGCUCCGAAACCUCGACUUUGACCGACGAUUCCCCGGCGCCGGAGCCGGCGAAGCUUGAAGAAGAAGAAGAAGAGAUGCACGGCGGAAGGCGCAGCAACGCCGCCGGCGAGAAAUCCUCCUCGCUUCGCUCGCUGUUCGCGAAGAAGAAGCGCGGCGGCGACGAGGAAAAGAACGGCGGCACGCCGCGCUCGACAACCUCGGAUUCCACGACGUUCGGCAAGAGUCGGAGCAGCUCCGGCGGCGCCGGAGGUUCAAGCAUUUUCAGAAACUUAAUCUCUUGCGGCACCGUGGAUACUAAUGAUUCGGCUGUUUUGCCGAUGCAGCGGCGCCGGCCGGUCUCCGGUAGCCCGUUGUUGGAUAAGGAUGUCAGAACCUCGGCGGAGAUAUGUAAACCGGAGAAGGUCGGAGGGUCUCAGAGGAUCUAUCGCACUAAUUGGAACCAAGAACACCAGAGUAAACCCAGGAAAAGCUGCAGCGAUGGGGUAUACAAUGGCGGCCGGAGAUCAUUCUCCGGCACCUACAAGUCUCCAAACUGCUCGCAAUGUGGGAAGCCAUUCAACCCUGAGAAGCUGCAUGCACACAUGAUGUCCUGCAAAGGAAUGAAGAUGUGGGCAAAGAGCACUCAUCCCGUUUCCUCUGCAGCCGAGAAAGAUUCAGAGGAAUCGACCAAGAAUUCGGUUUCUGCUCACUUCUUGGCUCGCUGAAAGUAUGAAAAGCCUGCAGGGAUUUUCUUCAGUAGAUAUAGUUUUCUGCUUUUCCAUGAUUCUUACAUAUAUGAGAAAGAAAAAACUUCUUAAAUCCUUGUGUAAAAAUGAAAUGAUUUAAAGCUGAACCACAUAUAGUUCAUCCCUGUUGCACUAA